AUGUCGUUAAACUGCUUGGCGCUAAUGAAUGGUUCCAUAACCAUUCCACAGCACAACAGUUCAAUUCGCCAGCAUAUCAUUUACAUACCUAAUAUCAGAUACUUUUUCUCCACGGUGCUGCAGUUUCAACUGUAUCGCAGCAUGUGCCGUGCCGCCGGCCAGUAUGUGCCCAACGAUCCGCGAAAGCCGCUCCACAAAUGCGACAUCUAUCGGCAGCCAGCCGCAGGCAAUCUAUUAAAACAACUGAUGGCCAAAGGGGCUUCCCAGCCCUGGCAAGAGGUUCUACAGGAAACCCUAGGCGAGGGUCGUCUGGAUGGCAGUGCUCUACGGGAAUACUUUGCACCGCUCGAGGAAUGGCUACGCCAGGAGGCCUUGCGCACCAACGAGUAUGUGGGCUGGAAUUACGAUGGGGAUUACUGCAAGCGCAGCAUCGAGACAGCCGGACUCCAGAUCUUUGGUGGCUAUUACAAUGCUGCAGCGGGUCCGCUGGUCAGUCUAGUGUUACUUGGCCUAUGCAGCUGGCUGAGCUCUUCUCUAAUAUAAGAGAGCAUAUCUGUAAAAUAUAUAAAUCUGAAUA